AUGACCAAAAACAAAGGCUCCCAUGAUUCAUAUCGCCCUGGGACGGCGGGUAAGCCUCCAACAUCUACUGAAGAGAGACCCGAGCGCACAAAGCCUCGAAACCGAAGCAGGUCUCCCAGCCGAGAGCGCAGACGCUCACCUCCCCGCCAUCCGGGCUCUCGAAAGCGGAAAAUAGCCGUUGAUACAUAUAUCCCGGGCGAGUCUUCGCGAGAUGAUCGUGACAGAGGCCGUGACCGUCGAGAUCGCAGCCGGGAUCGCAGACGUUCAGCUUCUCCACGUCGCCGGUCAGCGUCCCCGCGCCGUCCUAGCAGAGAAAGGCCCGAUACGGCUCACAAAACUGACCCCCGUGGAAAAUCGCCAAAAAGGAUCAGAAGUCCCUCUCCUAGCAGAGCCGCUAAGAGGUCUCGACGUGAGGGACGUUCGAGAUCACCAAGACGACAUUCACCUGACCCUCGAGGACCCAGCCACCGACAUAGAUCGAAGAGAUCCAGAUCCAGGUCCAGGCAUCGGUCACCAGAAGACAUUAUCCGUCGCCCGCGAAAAGAUUCGCCAGAUAGAAGAGGUAAACGAGAUUUAGAUGACCUUAGAGCCCGAGAUUCUGAUCGCCGCCGCCGUUCACGCUCCCGAGAUAACGACUUUGCUCCUCGAGGCUCCCGACAUCGGUCGCCUGAACGAUUUUCUAAAGUUCAUCCUAGGGAUCGCAGUCGUUCUCCUCCACCUUACAAGGGCAAGGGUGAGAAGAGGCCACGCCGACGUCGUUCUCCAAGACGCCGCGAUCACUCGCCGAACUCGAUAGGUAGUGCUUCUCCAGCUCGGCGACGAGGAUCUACGCAGUCAUCAGACGAUGUUAUGUCAUCUCUUGCCAAACGGCCUUCACUCUCUGAAAGCUCUAACCGCAAUCCCGCUCCUAAAGCUCCAGCUAAUGACCAUCCUCCUGCUGAGUCCACUUCUUCAAGGCUUGAGAUAGCCUCCGAGAUUGGAUAUAUUCCUCGUGCUCGAACCCGCUCACUGUCUCCGUAUUCCAAGCGACGGCAUCUUGCCGAGAAAUCACUACCCAGAGAUCCAAGGGUAAGGGAAGGACCAAAGCAAGGACGCCCGCCGUUUCCUAAAGGCUCUCGCGAUAAAGAGAUCGACCGUCGCGGCCCACCGCCCUCUGGCCCAGGUCCAGUUACUAACGCCCGCGGCCGUAGACGCAAGCAGCGCCGUGCCGCCGAUUCAUAUACGACAGAAGAGCCCCGUUUUAGACGAUCAGCUUCUCCUAGACCGAUGAUGACUGGCCCGAAUGCCAUUCCAACUGGACCUAGAGCCCAAGAAGAGUUUGAGUCUGCCUCUAGUGCCGGGUCGCCUGAACGAGAGCUCGGCUCCCAACAACAUACCCCAGAUCCCUACAAGGGUAUGGGCAAUGAUAUACUAAAUUCUCAUGAGGAUGCGGGUACUAUGGACCAAAGACCUCCAAGUCCCAAGGAGCGACCGGAAGAAUAUCCUCCGCCACCACCUUCCCCUCCCCCUCCGCCCCCACCUAUAGAUACUCGAGCCGAACGAGAUGCUGCUUUGAUGCCUCCACCAAAUGCCCCGAGGGGCCCCAGGAGCGAACUAUCGAUACUUGAACCACCAAAGCCUGCACCAAUCGACGCCUCGAAGGGUAAGGUCCGCUUUAGUAUGGGAAGUGCGGGCGGGAAAGGGAAGAUGCCCACUGGGCCGCGUAGUCAGGAAUUCGGGAUCCCCCGUCGCCUCGGGAAAUCAUCCAACUCAGUACCAGUUGCACAGAGGAAAGGCGCUGUUGCGUCCACUACAUCUCGCCAGGAAGCACCACCAGCAAAGGCUCCUGCUAAGCCGGCUCCUCCUGUUCCACGCGUUAUUAUCUCACGUAAAACACCUUUUGAACGCAUCGGCUUGGUUGGUGAAGGAACAUACGGCCAAGUUUUCAAAGCUCAAAAUUGGAUGAGCAAGGAGUUGGUUGCUCUUAAGAGAGUUCGCAUGACAUCGGAGAAAGAUGGCUUUCCCAUUACCGCUGCCAGAGAAAUCAAGAUUCUUCAACGGCUGAGCAAAGGAACGGAUAAUGAUAAAAUCAUCCACCUACUUGAUAACAUGGUCGAGUCGAACGGAUUUUACAUGAUAUUUGAAUACAUGGACCAUGACCUUACUGGGAUUUUGAACCACCCCACAUUCCGCCUCUCUUAUGCCAAUAUCAAGGAUCUCGCUCACCAGUUUUUCAGCGGACUUGCUCACAUCCAUCGCGCCGGGAUCCUCCAUAGAGAUAUCAAGAGUUCGAACAUCCUAGUGAAUUCAGAAGGCCAACUCAAAAUUGCGGAUUUCGGCUUGGCUCGACAGUACGAUAAGAUGUAUGAGAGAUUGAAAAUCGAGCAGCACUUUACGAACCGCAUCAUCACUUUGUGGUACCGUCCCGUGGAGAUCUUGUUGGGCGAAACAGAAUAUACAACCGGGCCCGAUGUUUGGAGUGGUGGUUGCGUCUUCAUGGAACUUUUUACCCGGAAAGCGAUCUUUACCGGAACAAAUGAGAUUACACAGCUCGACUACAUCUGGAGCAUCCUAGGUACGCCUAGUCCGUCAAUCUGGCCUGACUGGAAGAAAAUGGCGUGGUAUUCCAUGCUCAGGCCGGAGCAGAAAUACGAGCCGUGUUUUGAGAAGAGAUUUGGAAGCUUUGUUCCCGCUGAUGCCCUUGCCUUGGCUCAGCGUAUUUUCACUUACGACCCAAAGAAGCGGCCAAAGGCCGAAGAUAUACUGCAGGAUCCAUACUUCACGGCUGGCGAGCCGAAGAUGGAGAGAACCACUGCCCUCAAACACAUUGAGGGAGAGUGGCACGAGCUAGAGAGCAAGAAGAAUAGGAAGAAGGAGAGGGAGAAGCAGCAAACGGCGGCAAAAGCCAAGGCGCUGCCCUAG